AUGGAAGGAGCGUCGUACGCACGCAUGCCGAGGGUGAAAAUCCGCGAGCUAAAAGACGACUAUAUGAAGUUCGAGCUUCGCGACACCGACGCCAGUGUGGCAAACGCGCUUCGGCGCGUGAUGAUAUCGGAGGUUCCGACCAUCGCAAUCGACCUAGUGGAAAUCGAGGUCAACUCGUCCGUUCUCAACGACGAGUUCAUUGCUCACAGACUCGGUCUUAUUCCACUCACAAGCGAACGUGCGAUGGCCAUGCGGUUCUCACGUGACUGUGAUGCUUGUGAUGGUGAUGGACAGUGUGAGUAUUGUUCCGUUGAGUUUCAUCUUAGGGUUAAGUGUAUUACUGAUCAAACGCUUGAUGUUACUAGCAAGGACCUUUAUAGCUCUGAUCAUACUGUUGUUCCUGUUGAUUUCUCUGGUGGUGAUCCUUCUUCCGUUGAAUCUGCUGAUGGAAGGGGGAUUAUAAUUGUGAAGUUGAGGCGAGGUCAGGAGCUGAGGCUGAGAGCAAUUGCUAGGAAGGGGAUUGGUAAGGAUCAUGCGAAAUGGUCGCCAGCAGCAACUGUUACUUUCAUGUAUGAACCAGAGAUUCACAUAAAUGAAGAUUUGAUGGAGUCUUUGUCACUUGAGGAGAAAAAAGAGUGGAUUGAUAGUAGUCCUACCCGUGUGUUUGACAUUGAUCCUGUCACACAACAGGUGUCGGUGGUUGAUGCUGAGGCAUACAGUUACGAUGAUGAGGUGAUUAAGAAAGCAGAAGCAAUGGGAAAGCCUGGUCUUGUAGAAAUCACUGCAAAGCAAGAUAGCUUCAUUUUCACAGUUGAAUCUACUGGAGCAGUUAAAGCUUCUCAACUAUUGCUAAAUGCCAUUGAAAUUGUGAAGCAGAAGCUGGAUGCUGUGAGGCUAUCUGAAGAUACAGUGGAGGCUGAUGAUCAAUUUGGGGAGCUAGGUGCACAUAUGCGAGGAGGAUAA